ACCCCAUCAACAACACCACAACACAACACCCCACUAGUGGAGCAGUACACUACCUCCAAAUUCCAAACCCAACAAAAUCAAACUCUGCAAAAUCUGCAGAAAAAAAAGCAGCAAAAGAAGAAGAAUUCACAUGAAAUCAAAAACCCAAAUGUGAAGAAUUUCACGCCCCACUAAAUCCGCACGACAACCGCGGUGCAGAACCAUACUUGUGGAUUUUUCUGGGGUUCAAUUGAUUUCUACAUUUAUAUAUUGUGACAGUUUUUAUCGGUGCAAAUUAAUUUCCUGUCAAACAUUUUCAUGGAAUUCAUACUUGAUUCCUUUUUUGAUAAUGUAAGAUAGUAUUAAUGGUAAUUAAUUUGCUGCUGAACUGAGCUCCAGUGACCAAGUGUGUCAAUCUGCAGCUUAAGAUCUAUCCUUUGAAUUAAAUGCAUGUGUAAACUUAAGAUCAAUUUGGGAAACCCCACUUAAUUUUGCCUAAUUUUGGGGCAUAAUUUAGUUGGAGUUUGUUUCCCCUGAAGAUUUGAGUAUGUUUCGUCUAUCAUUUCGGAAAUGGGGUUGUUGAUUUUGAUUGAGAUUGUUGUUUCCGGAGUUUAAAUUUAUUUGUUGAUUGAAGAAAGAGGAGGAAGUGUUAAAGAGUUAGAUUAGAGAUGGAUAACGCGGGGUUAGGGGAAGUAGCAACAAUAGCUCAGCUCACCGGGCUUGAUGCGGUGAAGUUAAUUGGGUUGAUAGUGAAGGCGGCGAAUACCGCCCGAAUGCACCGGAAAAACUGUCGGCAAUUUGCCAAUCACUUGAAGUUGAUCGGAAACUUGCUGGAGCAGCUCAAGAUCUCGGAGCUCAAGAGGUACCCAGAAACCCGAGAGCCGCUUGAGCAGCUUGAGGAUGCACUUAGGAGGUCUUACAUUUUGGUCCAUAGUUGUCAGGAUAGAAGUUAUCUUUACUUGCUUGCUAUGGGGUGGAAUAUUGUCUAUCAGUUUAGGAAAGCCCAGAACGAGAUCGAUCGUUACUUGAAGCUCGUCCCCCUCAUCACUCUCGUCGAUAAUGCCAGAGUUAGGGAAAAACUCGAAUACAUUGAAAUGGAUCAACGCGAGUAUACUUUAGAUGAAGAGGAUCAAAAGGUGCAGCAAGUGAUUAUGAAACCUGAACCCUGUGAAACUGAUACUGUGAUUCUAAAGAAGACUCUUUCUUGUUCAUACCCAAAGUAUUCCUUUGAUGAAGCACUUAGAAAAGAGAAUGAAAAGCUUCGAUUGGAACUCCAACGCUCACAAGCUAAUUUGGACAUGACUCAAUGUGAAGUCAUCCAACGUUUGCUUGAUGUUACUCAAUCUGCAACUUUUGUAUGUGAAACAGAAAAGACUGCAUCAGCUAAAAGUUCAAGGUCAAUUAAGCAGCCUUACACCGAGGAAAAAUACUCAUUCGACGACAACUCCCCCAAGAAAAGUGUAACUUCCAGGACUGCCUCUACAAUGUCUUCACAGCGUGAUCUUCUGUCAAACCGAGGUUCAUUUCGGCAUGAAGAGUGGCAUAAUGAUUUGCUAGACUGUUGUUCAGAACCUUGUCUCUGUCUAAAAACAUUCUUCUAUCCCUGUGGUACAUUUGCAAAAAUCUCCACCGUGGCAAAUAGUAAAUACAUGUCUUCAGGAGCAGCCUGUAACGACCUGGUGGCCUAUUCUUUGAUACUCUCCUGCUGUUGCUACACUUGUUGUGUCAGGGGAAAACUGCGCAAGAUGCUGAACAUUAAUGGUGGCGCCUUUGAUGACUUCCUCUCACAUUUCAUGUGUUGUUGCUGUGCCCUUGUUCAAGAAUGGCGUGAAGUUGAGAUGCGUGGAGUUUAUGGUCAUGAAAAGACGAAAACAAGUCCACCCACUUCUCAAUUCAUGGAAUCGUGAGACGUGGAUUUAGUGGAAAUAAGGUGAAAAGAACAGGGCCUUUUCAGUCAAUCAAUUAACUAACUCAAUAGGAGGCCCAACUCAGCCAUUUGCCCCAGCUCAACUUUUAUCUCAUAGAAAUGGAAACUGGUUUUGUGAUAGGGCUCUCAUGAACUCAUGGUAGUUAGUUAGUUACUUUGUACGAAGUAUUAGUUAACAGUGUAAGGCCAUUGCCAUUUCAGUUUGCUUAUUGACACAUACCUUUAAGGCUUUAAUUAUGUUAUGUUAAUGAUUCAAUGAUUGUAAAGGUGGA